AUGAUGGCUGAGCCUGCCCAGCCUGAGCUCAGCGCGGCCAUGUCCCCGACGGGGAUCAAGCAAGAGCCCAGCCAUGAGGCUGACAUCCUCGAGGGUCUUGAUCUUGACCUUGAAUCCAUCAUGCAAGCUGCGACCAAGCGGCCCUUUGAAGACCAUUCUAACGACGACGAUCCGAACAAGCGAGUCAAGUCUGAAACCGAACCUGUCCAACAAAACACGCUCGAACUCGACCAAGGAGCCGAAGAGUCACUAGAAGAUGGUCUUGCGCUUCUCGUGCACAAUGCGCUCAACAACGCCAAUGACUUUAUGUUCGACACCACGACCGACCAGAUGGACAUUGAUGGCAUUCCCGAUCACCACCUUCCACCGCCUCCUCCGCCAUCUUCACCCUCGGUCACCUUCUUUUCCGAUCCUCAAAAGUACUUGCGCAAAGCCAGUCGACAUGCGCUGGGCAAUAUGGCACUUUCCGUUCUUUUGUUGUUCUCGCAAUCCUUCGAUGAUUCCAUCAAACCGAUCCAAGACGCCGAUUCGCAACACGCCAAGUCUUUUCACGACCUUCAAACAUCUUUUGCGCAAAUCAAGCAGAUCUAUUCUUCGGGUCCCAUUCUCUCUGCAGACGAGCCAGACCUUCAAGACCACGAAUCUCGCACGAUUCUCGAUCUAGCGAACCUUGCUCAAUUCUGCAUUUGGCUAUUGCAAACUACGCCUUCAUACAGCGAAGCUCAUCAACAUUUCCACGCGAUCUUCCGAGGCCAGGUAUCCGAUCUUGGUUCUGAUGCUCUCGAUCUGUAUCUCUCGCUCAAGACCCAAGUGGCCAUCGAUGCGCUUGUCUCAAAAACAACAGAACAAUCAAGUGAGCAAGUAUUGGAAGAGGCUCUGAUUAAUGGGAUGGAAGAUAAGCUACGCGGACUUCACAAUGGGUUCGAUCUGACACCUGCCGACUCCGAAUUCAUCACUUCAGUCCGAUCAAGAAAGACGUCGCUUGAAGGCGAGACGUCAACUGAGUCUGCGGUUCUGCGAGAAAAAUACAAGGUGGAUGAUCUGCUACGACAGGUUUCAACGUGUGUCAAGACCCGCCUUGCUUUGAUGUCGGAUCUUGGGUCAAGACUAGGCCAUCCUAUGCGAUCUAGCGAAGAAACUGCCGUUGAUCUCUUGGGCGACACAAGCUGUGAUCCAACUCUCGACAUGGAAGAUCUUUCCUCUUUCUUCGAAAAGACAACUUCAGGUCUUGUUCAGGACGCCUUAGCUGGCUUGACUGAGGACACUACAACCACCAACCCUAAUCCCGAACCCAACCCCGAUCCCAUUCCUGAGCCAGCGCCUGCCGUCGCUGAAACCAUCGAACCGGCUCCAACAGCUGAGCCUACCAAGACUCCAGAAAAGGAGCCUUCUUCUACACCUCAGACAAACGGGAAGCCGGACUUGAUAACGGAUUAUAAGGAACUGGAGGCACUGGUGGCUGAGACACAAACAUACUUGAACCAACUCCAACAGCAACAGGCUCACAAUACGUACUACUCGUCAUACACACAGAGCAUACCCGAGCCGCAACCACCACCACCCGAGCCAGGUCACAACUUGCCGCCGAACCAAACCUUUCCUAGCGCGAUACUAUAUGACAAAGCUCGACAGGCGGCUCUCUCUAAAAAUUCGUCGCAUACCAGGAGAGAGGGUCUUCACUCGACACGGCGUCCUUGGACUCAAGAAGAAGAAAAGGCGCUCAUGGCGGGUUUGGAUAUGGUCAAAGGACCGCAUUGGAGCCAAAUACUGACCUUGUUUGGACAAAGCGGCACAAUAUCAGAUAUACUUAAAGAUCGGACACAAGUGCAACUCAAGGACAAGGCCCGGAAUCUCAAGUUGUUCUUCCUCAAGACCAACUCGGAGAUGCCAUACUAUCUCCAAGCAGUUACGGGUGAGCUUAAAACCCGCGCCCCUACGCAGGCGGCCAGGAAAGAGGCCGAAGAACGCGCGAGACUGAGUUCGGAAGAGCAGCGUGCGACGCUCAACGGGAUAAUGACCCUAGCUGGAGGCCUGCAGAACCCACAGCAGGGGCAAGGACGGGCAGCAGGAACCCCAACCUCAGCUGUCGGCUCGGGAGUUAUGACGCCUGCUCAAGCUGCGAGCGCCGCCCAGGCUGCAUCUUCGCAACAGGGUCAGGCGCACAAUCAAGCGACUACUCACUCAUACAACCCAGCUACCUCAUCCGGGUAUCCACCAUCGACGCUGCCGCAGUCCAGACCAAGCAUCAUGUCACCGCCUCAGCAGUCGCCUCAUCAAGCAGCUCGUCCGCAAUCUUCUCAAAUGUCCAUGUCUCCUCAAACACCGCGGUCGCAAGUCCCCCAGCAAAAUCACAACGCCAUGCAUUCUCCCGUCCACGCUCAGGCGGCUGCCCAAAUGCGUUCCCACACAUCGACACCCGUCGGCCAGCUGCAUCACUCUCCACCGACACAACACACACCAACUACCCAACCUGCGGCCCAGCAUCAUGCUCAGACUCACUACGCGCCCGUUCCACACACUCAGCUCAGUUACCCAUCCCCUACCUCUACCAACGCCACACCAGACAUGCAUUCGCAUAAUCACGUACCGGCACCGGAGACGCAGAUGGAUCAGCAUAUGCAUGACAACGCCGCAGAGGCAGCGCUGUUGCAAGGUCUCCAGGCUGCGGUGGCUGAGUCUCUGUAAUGCAUCGUUACGUGAAGAAGAAAACGCGGAGCAAUGCCUGUUUCUUCUUCUCGGUGUUCUUUUCUUUUCAAGCUUAUUUUCUAUUGAAUUCGCGAUGAAUCAGUUUGCCCUAUAGCGAGCCAGGGCAACUAGGUUGAUACUCAUCAGGGUGCAUCAAAGCGCAGUUGGCUAUUUUCGUUUCUGCGUAAAAAAAACGUUUUGUUCUUUUAUAGAUCUGAAACGCCUCAUAGGCCGAUUUUUUAUUAAAGGAGAGAGGAGGUUAGAAGAAAACAACAAAGGGGGUGGAAGUCUGACUUGGAAUGAUACCACGAAUAAGGAGUACAAUGUGAUG